AUGGCACCGGUAACCGUCUGUGUCAUCGGCGGCGGCCCUAUUGGGAUGGUCGCAAUGAAAACCUUUUUGGAAGAGGGCUUUCAGGUAGUUGGCUUUGAAUGCCGAGCCUACUUGGGUGGACUGUGGAGAGGCACAGAGGAUUCUACGAUCUCAGCCCAUACCACUACCGUAUUCAACAAUAGCAAAUGGAGGUCUGCUUUCUCCGAUUUCCCCUUCAAUGAAGAUGCGGACACAUUUCCCACAGCCGCGCAGAUCCUCCAGUACCUGGAGGACUACGCAAGCAAUUUUGGACUUCAAGAAUACUACAAUCUCUCCACCAAAGUCCUCCGCAUGCAGUACUCAGAAAACAAUCAAAAGCCAUGGACAGUCACCGUUCAAGACCUUAAAUCUGGCAAAGUUCGAACACAACAUUUUGACAAGAUAUGCAUAGCCACAGGGGCCUUCCAAUACCCUCGGUGGCCAAAGUUGAAGAAUGUAGAAACCUUCCAAGGAAAAGUGAUUCAUUCAGUUGACUUCCACCGACCCGAAGAAUUUCGAGGACAGAAUGUGUUGAUCAUUGGGAUACAUGGUACCGCCCAGGAUGUGUGUGUUGCUCUUGAAUCUCACGCUGCCAACCACGUCUAUAUGGCUCAUCGUCAAGGCCUCUUGCUCUUAUCGCGUUUCCGUGAAGAUGGUGCAACAUUUGACAGUACCACUCUCAAGGAGACUCUUUUCAUGGCCUUCCUAAACAAAAAUUUCAGUCGCUUCUACUGGUGGUUGACGCAGAAGGGCAUAACCAAGCAAUCACAGAAAACCUAUCCCAACAUCCCCGAAGAAUGGGGCCUCGAUCCAGCACCUUCAAUAGCCGUUCGACCCCCAGUGUUGGGAGACGCUUUGUGGCGGCUGUUAAAUUCUGGAAUAGCAGAGUCUGUUCCUUCGGUUCGCCGCAUCACUGGCCCCAAGUCCGUUGAGCUCUCCGACGGUCGUAUACUCGAGAACAUAGACUCUAUUAUCUAUUGUACCGGCUAUAGCUCUGGUGGCAUGCCUGACGACCUGGUUUUCUCUGACGGCACGGAAACGGCAGGAUGUCAUCCACACCCUCCCGGCUACGAAUUUGAAGAGCCUCAUCUCUACCGAAACAUCUUCCCGUUGCAUGAGAACGAGAAGAUUCGCAUGUCCCUUGCAUACCUCGGACUCGGAUUCGUUCCGGUCCCUGGCUUUGUUCAAUACGAGAUGACCGCAGCUGCCAUUUGUCAAAUAUGGAAACACCGAACGCCUUUACCCUCGCUGCGCGAAAUGAAGGACUGGCAUGCAUGGCAUCUGAAGGAAAGGGAUCUUCUUCAAGCUCGUUAUUCGCCCUUAGAUAAGUCAACCUUUUAUCCUGUCUUCUUGAAUCUACCUGACCAGCUGAAGUGGAUUGACUGGGCAUCUGGAGCUGGUAUCUAUCAGAAUUUGUCGUCUGGUUGGGUGAAUUGGCGUGCAUGGAAAUUAUGGUUGCAGGAUAGACAAUUCUACAACCUGUUACAGAAUGGCGUAUUCACUCCUGCUAUUUGGAGACUAUUCAAGACUGGGAAGCGCCGCGCUGCUUCGUGGGAUGAAUGCAAGCAGAUGAUUAUUUCAGAGAACAAGCGAGCAGAGACGGCUAGACAGGCGCGGCUUGAGGCAUCUUUGUUUGGCAGCAAGAAAUAA